AUGCCAGUUGUCCCCAAGAAAAGGAUCACUCAGUACUUUGCGCGCAGGAGGCGCCUGAACUUCUACAUGGACCACUACCGGUUCCUCUACAAGUUCCGCCGCGAGCACUUCGAUCGCCGGAAGUACCAGGAGCCCCUCUACGUGAAGGACUACAGCACCCCGGAGUUCCGCUUUCCCGGCUUUUGGCCCGGAAAGUUUGGAUAUCCGCACAGCCAGGAUCAGAGGGAGCAGCCCCUCUUGGAGAGCAGCGGCUGCCUGAGCAGCGAGUCGCAAGUCGAAUUUAGGAACAGCGGCAGGAGGUCUUUGCUCAUCUUCUGUUUGAAGCCCAGCAGCACAAUACGAGAAGUUAAUGAAAUCCUGUACGUGAGCUUCAAUCAGGACUACACCUGCUUCGUUUGCGGCACCGAGAGCGGCUUCCGAGUUUACAGUACGGACCCUUUCCAUCUCACCUUCCGGAGAGACUUCGAGGAUGGCAGCGGCCUCGGCGUGGUUUGCAUGCUGUUCCGCACCAACAUCCUGGCCUUCUCCGGCGGCGGCAAGAACCCGCGCUUCCAGCCCCACAAGGUGGUGCUCUGGGACGACCGCCACACCCGGGUCAUGGCCGAGUUGAGCUUCAAGACGCCAGUAAAGUCCGUCAAGCUCCGGCGUGAUCUCGUGGUGGUGGCCACCAUCAACAAGGUGUGGGCGUACGGAUUCAAGACGUUGAGCCUUUUGGACUCCAUCGAGACCAGCAGCAACCCCAAGGGCUUGUGCUGCCUCUCCGCUGGAGAGAGGGUGGUACUUUGCUGCCCUGGCAUGCAGCAGGGCAGCGUGCUGGUCGCUUUUUACUCCAACGGCUUCGGCGACCCCGCGGCGCCGGGAGAACGAGAACGCACGAUGAUCAUUACUGCCCACGACGCUUCGCUGUAA